UAAUAAAUAGAGGAAAACCUCGCAAAAACCCCACCCCGUCCCUUCCCCUUCCCCUUCCCCUUCCUGCAACCGGCGAACCCAUCCUUCCGGCGGCGGCGAAGAUGAUCAUCCCGGUGCGCUGCUUCACAUGCGGCAAGGUGAUCGGGGACAAGUGGGAUGCAUACCUCGAACUCGUCCAGGCGGACUAUGACGAGGAGGAUGCUCUGACUGCCUUGAAUUUAAACCGUUACUGCUGUAGGCGAAUGCUGAUGACCCAUGUCGACCUCAUUGAGAAGCUCCUCAACUACAACACGCUGGAGAAGACGACUGGGACUGACAGUUAAUAAGCGAACCUGGCAUGCUCGACUGCUAGUCCAUCGCCCCUAGUACCCUUCAUCGGACUUUUAUGCUGGGUGUUUCCUAAUUCCUAUAUGUCCGGACAACCUUAUUGCUGUUCUGUGUUUCUCGUAUUCUACUCAUGUUUUGCUAUGUGACUGUGACUGGUCCUGAAUGAACAACUUAAUACAGCAAAAUCAGCAAGAGUCAUGGGCGCAGUAAUUGGCAUGCAUCUGCUCUGUUAAUUGUUACCCUUA